CUACUGUCGUUGUUGUAUUAAAGAGAGGAAAAGAGACAUCAUUGCGAAAAAAAUGAAAAUUUUAAUUAAGAAAUAAAUAUUGUAAUUGUUAAAAAUGUAAAGUAUCUGUGAAUGUCAUAAGCUGGAGAAAAAAUAGUCAAAAUACGAGAUAAAAAAACCAUUUUAUAGUUGAUUUGGAAACGAAAAUUUUACACUUUCGAAAGGGCAGUCGCUGCCGUUCCUGUCAAUAAUAUAAGAAUAAGCAGCCGCAGCAGCAGAAAUACGAAUAGAGGAGUCAAUAUUUUGAAACAUAUUUUAAUAACUGCGUAUUUGUGUGAAAGAUAUAUAAAUCAUAUUGAAUACAUCUUUAAAAUCCAUCAUCGCAAUUUUUUUAUAAGUGAAGCCGUUUUGUUGUUCUCUCUUCUGCUGCAUUUUUUGCUUUUGUCGGUUAAAGUCGGUAUUUUUGUGUGUGUGCGUGACUUGUGAAAAUAUAAACGCCAAAAGAAAGAUAACCAAAAGGGGAAUUGUAAACUUUUGACAGUUGGCCGUCAUCAGAAAACAACAAAAGAAUUGCAAUCAAAACAACGAGGUGGUGGUGAAGAAGGGAACGAAGAUUCACUUAUUCAGUCGCAUUGAGUGAUACAAGAAAAAACUGAAGGAAAAGAAAAAACAAUUGUGGAAGGUCCAACAGAAAGGCGCCGUCAUCGAUACCAAAAAGAAAAGAAACACACAAAUUGUGACUAGAACGGCAGCUCUCUUGAAAUCUGUCUGCCGCUAUCGAAACGAGGCAACAAAUCAAAACGUAAGACAGGAUCUAAAUUGAAAAUGGACAUAGAGCCUGAUCAGUCAAUGGAAGCAAUGGAUAUACAAGAAAUUGAAUCUUUACCCGGUGCUGAAUUGCAUCAACAGCACCUUAAUAAACUGCACUUGCCACCAUCAGCCGGACAGCUGCCAAAUGAAAAUGGCAACGUUCCUCCGCAACAAUUAUUAGCUGAUUCCGUCUCGCCCUAUGCCAAUGAGCAGGAAAUGACAGCUGUUGAAGAUGGUCCGAAGGAGGAUGACUUCCGUUCCGAGGCCACCUUCUCAUUCGUGGUGAAAGACAUAACCCAACAAAAGACACAAAUUCUGUCGCCUCCAGUGUACGUGCGCAUGUUGCCUUGGAAAAUAAUGGUAAUACCUAAUGAACGUACAUUAGGUUUCUUCCUCCAGUGUAAUGGUGAAAAUGAAUCAUCUUCGUGGUCGUGUAAUGCCAUAGCAGAAUUGAGACUAAAGAGCCACAAGCCCGGUGCAAAGCCUUUUACACGCAUGCGUAUAAAGCAUUUGUUCUUUGCUAAGGAAAACGACUACGGCUACUCAAACUUUAUUACAUGGCCGGAGCUCCAGGAUCCCGAAAACUGUUACAUUAAUAAUGGCGCCAUUACUUUAGAAGUAUUUGUUCAUGCUGAUGCGCCACACGGGGUCUUCUGGGAUUCGAAGAAACACACUGGUUGUGUUGGCCUCAAAAAUCAAGGUGCCACCUGUUACAUGAACUCUCUUCUGCAGACUCUCUAUUUCACCAAUCAGUUACGUCGAGCAGUUUAUAAGAUUCCCACAGAAGCAGACGACAGUACUAAAUCGGUGGGUCUUUCAUUGCAACGGGUAUUCCACGAGCUGCAAUUUAGCGACAAACCGGUAGGAACCAAGAAACUUACCAAGUCCUUUGGUUGGGAAACGCUAGAUUCAUUUAUGCAACACGAUGUUCAAGAAUUUCUACGUGUACUGUUGGAUAAGCUGGAGUCAAAAAUGAAAGGCACCAAUUUGGAGGGCACCAUUCCCGGUUUGUUCGAGGGUAAAAUGUCAUCGUAUAUCAAGUGUAAAAAUGUCGACUAUAAUAGCACCCGCUAUGAGACAUUCUAUGACAUCCAGUUGAAUAUCAAAGACAAAGCCGAUAUUUAUGAAUCAUUUCAAGAUUAUAUAACACCUGAAACAUUAGAUGGUGAUAAUAAGUAUGAUGCCGGAGUUCAUGGUUUGCAGGAAGCCCAAAAAGGUGUUCAAUUCACUUCAUUCCCGCCUGUACUACAUUUGCAUUUAAUGCGUUUCCAAUAUGAUCCAGUCACUGAUAGCUCUAUAAAGUAUAAUGAUCGCUUCCAAUUUUACGAACAAAUUAAUCUAGAUCGGUUCUUGGAGAAGGAGGGCGAAACCAAAGCUGAAUAUAUUCUACAUGCUGUCCUAGUACAUUCGGGUGAUAAUCAUGGUGGCCACUAUGUUGUCUACAUUAAUCCCAAAUGCGAUGGUAAAUGGUUAAAGUUUGACGACGAUGUGGUCUGUACUUGUUGGAAGAAUGAGGCAAUCGACAUGAAUUAUGGUGGCGUGGAUGAAGAAAUAUCGUUCCAUCCAAAAUGCAGCAAUGCCUACAUGUUGGUAUACAUACGAAAAUCGGAAAUCGAUCGUGUCCUCAGCGAUAUACCCGAACAUGAGAUUCCCAGUGAGCUAGUCGAACGUUUGGAUUUGGAGAAACGCAUUGAGAUGGCCAAACGCAAAGAGCGCAGUGAGGCAAAUUUGUAUGUGUCCAUACAUGUUAUACUGGAGGAGUACUUUGAAGCGCAACAGAAGCGACGCCUCUUCGAUUUGGAUAAGGUCCACCAGCGUUUGUUCAAAAUGAGGCAGACUCAGACGAUUGACGAGAUGAUGGAUCAAUUUGUAAAAUCCUUCUGUGUACCUAAGGAACGAAUGCGCGUCUGGAUUAUGUACGCCACACAGACACAGAAGUUCCUUUACUUUGAUUUUCAUCGUGAAGGUGGUCGCUGCAUCGAUCAGAUAGCAAGUUUACAAAAACCAUGGGUCAUUUUCCUUGAAUUGGCGUCACCCGAUAAAGUGGGUUGUGCACUGCCGCCCUUCGAUCCGAAAAAGGAAGUGUUAAUUUUCUUCAAGUAUUACGAUGCUCGCAACAAACGACUCAAUUAUAUUGGCUGCUCCCAACAGCCGUUGGGUAGAUGUCUGGCCGAAUUAGUGCCCGACGUUAACACUCACCUGGGUUUCGAGAUUGACACUGAACUAAGCGUCUACGAUGAAUGCAAUGACCGUAAAAUAACGAAUUUGAACGACUCAUUGGAGAAUAUAUUGUGUUUGAAUCCGGAUAAUGCGGAACGUGGCAGUCUUCAGGGUUAUAUAUUGAUAUUUGAAAAGGAACACAUUGAUCAGAAGCUUGAAUUGCCAACUGUUAUAGAUUACUUUAGCGAUUUAGUUUAUCGAGUUGAAAUCACAUUCUGUGAUAAGAGUAAUCCCAAUGAACCGGAAAUUGUUUUGGAAUUGUCCAAUCGCUAUAAUUACGAUCAAAUGGCCCAAGCUGUUGCCGAACGGUUAAAUACGGAUCCCAAUAAAUUGCAGUUCUUCACCUGUACUGGUAGUUAUAAGGAUCAGCCGGGCACGGCAAUACAGUAUAAUCAAAAGGGCUGUCUCAAAGAUCUGUUAGCGUUGGCCUCUACCAAGCAAAGCAAUCCCAAAAAGCUUUUCUAUCAAAGACUGUCCCUGAGCAUCCACGAACUUGACAAUAAGAAGCAAUUUAAAUGCAUUUGGGUUUCAAAUGACCUCAAGGAAGAGAAAGAAUUGGUUUUGUAUCCCAACAAAAACGAUGCAGUCCGAGGUUUAUUAGAUGAAGCGGCUAAAAAGAUACAAUUUUCGGAAAACAGCUCGAAGAAGUUGCGUUUGCUUAAGGUGAACAAUCAUAAAAUCGUAAUGGUUUUCAAAGAGGACACGCCCCUCGAAUCUCUGCAGAAGGCCACUGAACCCAUAACACCUCAGAGUACUCAAAAGACGUUCCGUAUUGAAGAAGUGCCUCUUGAAGAUUUGCAACUGGCUGAAAAUGAAAUGCUCAUACCAGUUGCCCACUAUAGCAAGGAGAUCUUUAGCGUUUUUGGUGUGCCAUUCCUAAUUAAGGCGCGGCAAGGUGAGCCCUAUGGCGCUCUGAAGCAGCGUAUACAAAAACGAUUGAAUGUCCCCGACAAGGAAUGGGAGAAUUACAAGUUUGCCAUUGUUGGGGGCAGUACGCCAGAUGUUAAUGACAAUACACCUGUUGAUUUGUCUGUGUAUCGAUCAUGGAAUGGAAAUACGACGCCCUACUUUGGCCUGGAUCACAUUAACAAGUCGCGCAAGCGAACAUCGUUGAACUUUUCCGAAAAGGCCAUUAAGAUUUAUAAUUAAAUUAAAAAUAGUAACACAAAUACACUUAGAGAUCACAUAUACAAACACACACACACGUACACACCCACAUACACUAUUAUUACAAAACUAAAAGAACAGUAAUGUGUGAGAGAAAUAAGAAAAUCAAGAAGAAAAAAAUCAAAGAUAUGCAUGAAACACGAGAAGAAAUGAACUCCAAGAGCCUAAAGAUGCACUAAGUGUAGCCCACGUUGCACCAAGUGUUGUCCAGCAUUCUUAUAAAAACAAAAACAUAACAUCAUCAAAAACAACUCUGUAAGGACACCACAACAUUAUCAAUGUAUUUGGAAUAUAAGAUAUAUAGAUAUGAAACCAUUUGUUUUUCAUGGUUUAAAAAAAAUACGUUACGAUACCACAAAAACCAGCCAGCCAAUCAAUCAACCAAUCAGCAAACCAUACCCUUCUUGAAUGAUGCAAAUAUUUCGAUGAGCCCUAUUAUGCUAAAAGUUGGUAUAUUUAUAAAUACAUACAUAUAGCCAACAUCAUCCGUAUUCGGAAAUGCAAUUCAGACCCGGAAACGUCUGACCUUUCAAAUAUUGCCAUGAAAAAUAUGAAACAAAUAACUACUUGGUAAAACCCCCCUCAAGAAAUAGCCGGACAGACGUAAAAUCACCACAUCAUCAAGCAACAACAGAUGUCAUAACAGCAGACGAGACCGAAAACGAACAGCAGCAGCAGGAGUAACGGCCUGCAGCCGCAGAACAACAUCCACGAAAACAUCAAAUGAUACAUAACACUUCUAAUGAGAAAACUAAGCGUUUGUUAUUUAUGUUUAUUAUUAAAAACAAAAAAAGAAAAAAAUAUAUAUUAUAAAUAUGAAAAAUUUGCAAAACAAAACUAUAAAAUUUAAAACUCUGUCAACUGUAGUUAAGAUAUGCUUCUCCAGCAAAAAAGAAAUAACAAAAAUUAACCUAAAAAUUAUAAAUAACUCAAAA